UUAUCUUUGAUUCUUGAUUUUGUAAGAGAGAAAAAAAAAUGGGUGUUAUGGGGAAGAAACUUAGUUCACUAAAAUGCGAAGUGAGAGUAAUAGAAGCAAGAAACGUGGAGAUCAAGUCACAAGCUAGUACUCUGUUCGUUAGAUUCUAUCUCUCUGCAGGACACAACAGAAAGAUAGAAGUAAACACAAGAGAGCUCUGUCAGAAAUCAGAAAAUCUCGUAUGGGAUCAAUCUUUUGGUCUGGAGUGUCAAGGCAACGAAGCAGCAGUCGAGGAGUUAAAGCAACAAAGAGUCGUUUUCGAGCUAAGGAGGAGGAAAACAGCUUCUUUUUUAAGGAAGUCAUCGAGAUCAGAGGUUGUAGGGAGAGGGGAAGUCUCGUGGGAAUCGGUUUUCGAGUCAAGGGGCAUGGAGAUGAGAUUUGUAGUGAUGAGUGAAUCAAAAACCCCGCUGUUUGGAGAUGGGAGCCCUGUCUUGUUGAAGAUAGGUUUGAAAGUCCAAGCUUUAGAGAUGAAGAAGACGUUGAUCAAUAAGAAAGAGAAGCUUUGUGCAUGUUGUAGCAGUAGUAGAGACUGUAAAAGCUGUAGUUGCUUAGAUUACGAAGCUUUUGCUUUAGCUUGUGCUCUAGAUUGUAUUUAAGAAAACAGAUUUUGAUACAAAUCAACAAACUCAAAUAGCAUUGA